AUGAAUCGUCGAGUUUUUCAAGGCACCAUCCCCACGUUGACGCCGGGAGUGCAGGUCGGUGGCGACUUCGAGUUGCAGCCCAACGCGUCCUUCGUGGCCGACCGUCUGGCGUUGUUCGACGAGUUGAAGGCGGCCCGAGAGGCUGAGAGGGCGGAGUUAUUGAAGACUAACCCUCCGAAGCCCAUCACCAUUGAAUUGCCGUCUGGAGAUGUGAAGGAGGGGCAGAGUGAGGUUACGACCCCUCAGAUGAUAGCUGAGCAGAUUAAAGUCAAAGGGUGUAUUGUUGCGAGAGUUAUCUUUUUGGAAGACGUGAAGGAGUCGGCUGUUGAUGCUCUUGACGAUCUUUCUGUUGACGACGUCAGCGACGACGGGCACGAUGAGAACUCGCGACUCUGGGACAUGAAUCGUCCCUUGCCGGCUUCCUGUAAGUUGGAGCUGUUGAAGUUUGACGACCCGGAUGCCAAACACGUGUUCUGGCAUUCUUCGGCCCAUUUGCUGGGUCUGUCGGUGGAGCAGGCAUUUGGCGCCAAAGUCUGUAUCGGUCCCGCUUUGCAGAACGGUUUUUACUACGACUUUUAUACUGGCGACAAAUUGGCGGUCUCGGACUCCCAUUACGCGCAGAUUGAGAAAAAAGCCAGUGAGGCAGUGGCUACCCAGGCCCGGUUUGAGAGGCUGGAGAUUACUAAGGAUGAGGCCAAGUACCUCUUCCAAGAAAACCCCUUCAAGCUGGCUAUCAUUGACUCUAAGGUGCCCGAAGGAGUCAUGACUACUGUGUACAGAUGUGGACCGUUCGUGGACCUGUGUAUGGGCCCGCAUCUCCCCCACUUGGGGUGGAUCAAGGCGUUUGUUAUAGAGAAGCACUCUGCGGCCUACUGGCUGGGAGACUCUAAGGGCGACUCACUGCAGAGGGUGUACGGAAUUGCAUUCCCCGACGCUAAAUUGCUGAAGGAGCACAAAAAGCGAGUGGAAGAGGCGAAGCAACGCGACCACCGGUUGCUGGGUCAGAAGCUUGGGUUCUUCUUCUUCGAACCCAUUUAUGCCCCGGGCUGCGCCUUCUGGACCCCGAUGGGUACGCGAAUCUAUAACAAGCUUAUUGACUUUAUCAGACUGGAAUACCGCUAUAGAGGCUUCGACGAGGUCACCACCCCCAAUCUUUGUUCUUCCGACUUGUUCAAGGUCUCCGGCCACUGGCAGAACUACAAGGACUGCAUGUUUGUCCUAGACGUUGAAGGCAAGGAGUGGGGCCUUAAGCCGAUGAACUGUCCGACGCACUGUUGCAUCUUCAAGCACAUGAAUCUCAGCUACCGACAGCUGCCCAUUCGUAUUGCGGACUUUGCUGCCCUUCAUAGAAACGAGUUUUCGGGAAGCCUUACUGGCUUAACACGCGUUCGACGCUUCCAACAGGACGAUGCCCACAUCUUCUGCGAGCUGCACCAGGUCCAGAAGGAAGUUGCGGGCGCGCUCGAGUUCCUGCAACAUUGCUAUCACCUCUUCGGGUUCACCUUCAAGGUCGUUUUGUCCACUAGACCCAAGAAAGCACUCGGAGAACUCUCGCUCUGGAAUACCGCCGAAAAACAGCUCGCCGAUGCACUUGAUGAGUCAGAAAUACCCUGGUCCAUUAACAAGGGCGACGGCGCAUUCUAUGGGCCCAAGAUCGAUAUCAAGGUCUUCGAUGCACUCGGUAGAAGCCACCAGUGCGGCACCAUUCAACUUGAUUUCCAGUUACCCAUCCGCUUUAACCUUCAGUACAAGACGGCUGAGAAUUUCGAAAAGACUGAGGAAGCCAACAAGGCUACUGACGAGAAGCCAGCUGUCGACAACGCUGCCCCCGAGACCGCCAAGCCCGAGGCUGCAAGUCCUGCCAAAGCCGUUGCGGAUGAGACAAGUCCUGCGACGGCCGUUGCCGAAGUGGGCAUGGAUGAAACGCAAGGCAAGGCGGAGACCAAACUCAGAGUGUUGGAUGGCAGUCUGGAAACGGAGGUGCGUCCUGGCUUUGCUCGGCCUGUAAUGAUCCAUCGUGCUAUUCUGGGGUCAGUGGAAAGAUUUACUGCCGUUCUCAUCGAGCACUUUGCGGGCAAGCUGCCCUUCUGGCUAUCUCCUCGCCAAGCACUCGUUUGCCCCAUCAGUGAAAAGUCCUCCAGGUACGCAGCAUGGUUGAAGGAUGUUCUCAACUUGGAAGGAUACGACGUGGACGUAGAUACCUCGAACAGCACCAUCAACAAGAAGAUUCGGGAGGCCUCCAUUUAUUACUGGAACUACAUGCUCGUCGUGGGCGAAAAAGAAGAAGCCGAUAGAACCAUCGCAGUGCGCUGCAGAGAAGACCCACAAAGACAGAAAAUCAUGACUUUACCAGAGCUCCUUGAACUAUUUGAAGGUCUAAGGAAUGUGGCUAAACGCAGUCAACCAGAAUAUAAUUUUUCGUAA